CGCCCGCGCCGCCGUCCGGGCUGGCUCCGCCGCUCCAUCCUUGCCAUGCGUUCGCUGCGGACUCUGCAGCUGCUCGUCCUGGGCCUGCUCCUCGCCAGCCCCACGGACCCCGCUCGCCUGGGCGUGAGCCGCCCUUCCCAGCUUGGCCGCUUUUCCUGGGAUAACUGUGAUGAAGGGAAGGACCCCGCGGUGAUUAAAAGCCUGACUGUGGAGCCUGACCCCAUUGUCAUUCCUGGGAAUGUAACCGUCGGCACAGAGGGCAAGACCAGCGUCCCCCUCACGUCUCCUCUGCAGGUGGAGCUGACUGUGGAGAAGGAAGUGGCCGGCCUGUGGAUCAAGAUCCCGUGUGUGGAGCAGCUUGGCAGCUGUACCUAUGAGGACAUCUGUAACCUGCUUGCCAAUUUCAUUCCCCCCGGGGAGCCCUGCCCAGAGCCCCUGCACACCUACGGGCUUCCCUGCCACUGUCCCUUCAAAGAAGGCACCUACUCACUGCCCAGAAGUGACUUCACACUGCCUGCCCUGGAGCUGCCUGGCUGGCUCAGCAGCGGAAACUACCGAAUCCAGAGCAUCGUGAGCGGCGGCGGGAAGCGGCUGGGCUGUGUCAAGAUCUCGGCCUCUCUGAAGGGCACAUAACUUGGCAUUCGGCUCAGCAAAGCCAGGGGAUGAGGGAGGCCCUCUUCCUCGGCCUUGAGUCGCACCCUCAGCUCCUCUCCCCACUGCUCUCUUCGGGGACUCCGCACUCACUGGAAAUCGCCAUGUGCCACUUAGGUUCCCGGCUAGGGCCAGCGGCCUCAGGGAGGGCAAGGGGCCGUUCUCCAGAGUCCCACACCUCUGCAGGGCUGAUCCCGUCCCCCUUCUCCCACCCUGAGCUUCUCUCACUUCCAGAGCAGUCCAGGGACAGGAGCCACCGUGUCUGGGACCUUCAGUUCUGACUGACCCAGUCCUGGCCUCCGGAAGCACCUGUCUGACUUUGUUUGCUUUUUUUUUUGGUCCUGGGGAUCGAACUUGGGACCCUGUGCUUUCGAGGCAGGCACCAGAACCACUGAGCUAAAUCCCCAGCCCUGUUUGCUUUUGAUCAUGACUUGAAAGUGCCAGUAUUAAUAUUUUUCUCUUCUCCAAACCCCUCCUGCAGUAAAGGGGCUGAAGUAGUUCGUCUGUUCCUCCAUUAAUUUCUCCAAUUCAGUUUGCAUUCAUUCCGUGGUUUGCAUGGUCAGCACUGGGGCAGGGUGUGUGGGGUGAAGCUGCCUUGCAGAAAUUAAUGAUCUCAAGAAUACUGUAGGUGUUUGAGAUCAUUUACAAACUCAGGCACCUGCAGGGCCAAGCAAAAUUAGGAACCUCUAGAAACAGCUGGCUUCCAGGCGUGACCUCUACUUUUACUUCUUUGAUAAACUUAACAGAUCUCCAAGGAUUCCUUAUGCUGUGUGAGAAGUCAGGGCGACUGCCCUGAUACAGGAGCCAAUAGUCCAUCUCCAUGGGUUCGGGCAGCUGCCAUGCGGUGUGGCCCCUUGGGCCAUGGAAGAGUAUUACGGGCCCAGUGUUCCCAGGGUCCCCAUUGUGCUCCCUAGAGAGGCCAAAAUCCAGAUUUUUAUAUGAAAUCUUACAAUUUUUAAAUAUCGGCAGCUCAUUAUCUUUUUAUACAUUGUACAGGCUGAAGCCCAGUCUGGGUUGUCCUGCUGCUGGGCCCAAGACUGGACCGGCCUUGUCCUUCCACUUUCCAGGCAGCUCCUCUACCAGCCUCUCUCCACAGUGUCGGGCCUGAGCAGAUCAGCAGCUGUGUGGGCAGCAAGAUUCGGGAGGAGGCCGUACCUCCCUUGCCAGCUGCUGGGCCCUGUGCUCCGACCUGUUGUGCUUGACACCCUCCCGAGCCAGAGAGCCCCGCGUUCUGGACUCAUUUGCAGCAAUAAACCUUUUUAACUUGUGAGAA